AUGGCGGAUACGAAGGAAAUAGAUUCCGGUACAUCAUUUUCCGGAACAAACGCGGUACCUGGAUCCUCCACAAGUGAAGGGACCCCCGUCAAAUCAAAAAAUGCCGACAAAAAUGAGGCCAAGAGACAAGCAAAACUUGCGAAAUUUGCAGCAAAACAAGCAAAGUCAAACUCCGCUGAGCCAAUGGCAUCGUCAUACAAUCCAAAAGCUGUCGAGUCCUCCUGGUACGCAUGGUGGGAAAAACAAGGCUUCUUCGAACCGGAAUUAACUUCGGAUGGUAAGAUCAAACCCGAAGGAAUCUUUGUCGUUCCCGUUCCCCCGCCAAAUGUCACAGGUUCCCUUCACAUUGGUCACGGGAAUCGGAUGUUGGGAAAAACGGUGUUAUAUAAUCCGGGCAUAGAUCACGCCGGGAUUUCGACCCAAUCCGUCGUCGAGAAGAAGUUGUGGGUUGAGAAGCAACAAACUCGUCACGAUAUUGGAAGGAAGGAGUUCAUCGAUGAAGUGUGGAAAUGGAAAAAUUUGUACGUGAAUUAUGAAUGCAAAAUGAAACGACUUGGUGGUUCUUUUGAUUGGAGUCGAUCAGUAUUUACCAUGGACGAAAAAUUAUCAAAUGCAGUUGUAGGAACUUUCUGCCGUCUGCAAGAAGAAGGGACCAUUUAUAGAGCCACACGAUUAAUAAAUUGGUGUGUCAGGCUCAAUACGGCCUUAUCGAACCUGGAGGUUGAGAACAAGGAAUUGACUGGACGUACACUUCUAUCCGUACCCGGAUAUGAUCCCGAAGAAAAAGUUGAAUUCGGAGUUUUAACAUCUUUUGGAUAUCCUAUCGAAAAUUCCGAUGAGAAAAUUAUAGUCGCCACGACUCGUCCUGAAACAAUGUUGGGUGAUACCGGCAUAGCAAUUCAUCCCCUAGAUGAGCGAUAUAAGCAUCUUCACGGAAAAUUCGCAAUCCAUCCUUUCAAUGGAAGAAGAAUUCCUAUCGUUCUGGACGAUGUCAUAGUAGACAUGACUUUUGGUACUGGAGCGGUCAAGAUUACACCCGCUCACGAUUUUAACGAUUAUGAAGUCGGAAAACGGCAUAAUUUAGAGUUCAUCAACAUUUUUAAUGAUGACGGCACGCUUAAUGAAAAUGGAAGUCCAUUCCAAGGAAAGAAGCGUUUUCAUGUUCGUAAAGAAGUGGUGGAGGCUCUCAAGGAAAAAGGAUUAUUUUUUGGAACACAAGAUAAUCCCAUGACAAUCCCAACUUGCGCCAAGUCGGGAGAUAUUAUUGAACCUGUAUUGAAACCGCAAUGGUGGGUUAGCUGUUCGACAAUGGCAGCCGAUGCGAUGAAGGCUGUCACCGAUGGUAAGCUUCGAAUAACGCCAAAAACUUCCGAGAAAGAUUGGUUCAGAUGGCUGGGAAACAUUCAAGAUUGGUGUAUUUCUCGUCAACUCUGGUGGGGGCAUCAAGUCCCAGCUUAUUUCAUCAAAAUCGAAAAUCGAGAUCAGGAUCAUUCGGACGGUGCGUAUUGGGUUUCAGGCCGUAGUAAGGAAGAGGCGAUGGAAAAAGCAAAGAAGAAAUUCCCGGACGUGAAUUUCGAAUUGGAACAAGAUCCGGAUGUAUUGGAUACAUGGUUCUCAUCAGGCUUAUGGCCGUUCUCCAUUUUUGGUUGGCCGGAAGAGACCGAGGACUUGAAAAAUUUUUAUCCAACAUCACUAUUGGAAACUGGAUGGGAUAUUUUAUUCUUUUGGGUAGCUCGUAUGGUGAUGAUGGGUAUCAAGCUUACCGGCCAAGUACCGUUUAACGAAGUUUUUUGUCAUGCCAUGGUUCGCGACGCACAUGGCCGUAAAAUGAGCAAAUCAUUAGGAAAUGUUGUGGACCCAGUCGAUGUGAUUCAAGGUAUAUCCUUGGAAAAGUUGCACGCAAAGUUAUACGAGGGAAACCUCGAUAGACGCGAGAUCGAGAAAGCAAAAGCUGGUCAAAAGGCUGAUUACCCCAACGGUAUCCCGGAAUGUGGCACCGAUGCGUUGAGGUUCGCAUUAUGUGCCUACACUUCGACAGGUCGAGAUCUCAAUCUUGAUAUUCUUCGUGUGGAAGGUUACCGCAAGUUCUGUAACAAGCUAUGGAACGCAACGCGGUUUGCUUUGAUGAAAUUGGGCGAGGAUUUUCAUCCAAAGCCUAACUCCAGGAAAUCUGGAAAAGAAUCGUUGCCUGAAAAUUGGAUACUGCAUAAACUUAAUCAGGCGGUGAUUAACACGAACAAGGCUUUGCACGAAAGGAACUUUAUGAAUGCCACCACAUCCGUUUACAGUUUCUGGCUAUACGAACUUUGUGAUGUUUACAUUGAAGUCAUCAAACCAAUUAUUGACGCUGACAUUGCAAUACCGGGAAAUGCCGAACGUAAAAGUUCGGCUAAAGACACAUUGUAUACUUGCUUAGAAGCUGGACUCAAGUUACUUCAUCCUUUCAUGCCAUUCGUGACCGAAGAAUUAUAUCAACGUUUGCCUCGACGUCCCAACGACAAUGUUCAGACGAUCACCAAAGCCAAGUAUCCUCUCGAGGAACCAGAAUAUAAUAAUCCGGAAGCCGAAGAACAAUUCGACUUGACAUUUUCAAUCGUCAAAGCUGCACGGUCACUUACCGUCGAAUAUAACAUUCAAUCUAACGCCUCACUUUUUAUUCAGGCAGCUUCGGAACCACUUGUGAAAUUUCUUUCCACGCAAGAGCAAAAUAUUAUUACUUUGGUAAAGGGUGCAAAAUCGGUGCACGUCCUGCAAAAAGGUGAAUCUAUUCCCGCCGGGUGUUCUCUGAGCACCGUCACCGACGAAAUAGACGUAAUGCUUUUGGUUAAGGGAUUUGUGGAUAUAGAUGCCGAGAUAGUAAAAUUCCAGAGUAAGCUCGACAAAACGACUCGAGCGCUGGAUUCUCUCCAAAAGAAGGUAACGAUUUUAGAUUAUGAGUCCAAAGUACCGAAGGAUGUCCGUGAAACAAAUGAAACUAAG